UUGGCUAGAUGUUGUAAUUAGUGAUGACAUGUUCCUAAAGAGUGUCCAUCAGUGUCCGAUAUGGGUAUCAGUUUGUCAGGUGAGAUUUCUAAUAUAAGUAGACAUGUAGUUGGAAUUUGUACAUUAUUGAUAUACUGUAAUCUUUCAAUUGAUUGCAUCCAAUUCAUCAUCUUUUAUGACUGGGAGCAGUGCAUGUUCCAUCUAUUAAGUAAACUUCCGUUUUUACUUCUUUCCAUAUUUAGCAAACAGAAACCUGGCAAAUUUCAUUUGAAAUGAACAAUUUAAAACAUAUUGAGCUUCUGUGUAUAAUGUUUUAUAGCACGUGUCUUCCUUCUGAUUUCCUCAAAUUUUGUAGUGACAAUAUGAAAUGAAAAGGUCUUGAGUUAAACAUUUUGUUGUUCUGCCCUCUGUUACACAGAUGGUGUUUACUUGAUCUUGCCCGUAGCUCUGUGGAGGAUGAUUGCUGUGCUUUAAUGAUGAAAGGGAAAUCUGAGAUCCUAACUGUGGUUGAAGUCAACAAGCCUCCUCCAGCCAAGAAAUCUCGGAGGGAGAAGAAUAACGGGAAGUUGCUUACUGCUUCAAGUUCAACAGAGGCAAUGGAACAACUAAUUUGGAAGGAGUUACCUGAAGAUCUUCUUGAAUCUGUAAUUGCAAGACUUCCUGUAGCCACGUUUUUCCGGUUUCGUUCAGUAUGUAAAAAGUGGAACUCUUCGCUCACUUCAAGCAGUUUCUCCCAGUAUUAUUCAGAGAUUGGACAAUCACAUCCUUGGUUCUAUACAGUUACCCAUGAAAAUAUCAACAGGGGAGCCAUGUAUGAUCCUUCUUCUAGAAAAUGGCACCACCCCUCCAUUUCUUUCUUGCCACCAAAAAUGAUCAUUCUUCCGGUGGCCUCAGCUGGAGGUCUCAUUUGUUUCAUGGACAUUGGCAACAGGAAUUUCUAUGCCUGCAAUCCUCUGACCAACUCAUUCAAAGAACUCCCUCCAAGGUCCAUGCAGGUUUGGUCACGUGUAGUGGUAGGGAUGGUUCUUAACGGAAACUCUCUUCGUAGUGGUUACAAAAUAGUGUGGUUAGGAUGCAGUGGGAAUCAUGAGAUCUAUGAUUCAGUAAAGAACAGCUGGGCUCGUCCAGGAAGUUUACCACCUGGCAUUAAGCUUCCACUAUGUUUGAAUUUCAGGUCUCAAACUGUGGCCAUUGGUAGCACACUUUACUUCAUGAGAGCGAACCCAGAUGGAAUCCUGUCCUAUGAUGUUGCCACUGGAAUGUGGAAGCAGUUUGUUAUACCAUCACCAGUCCAUCUGACUGACCAUACUCUUGCGGAGUGUUCAGGGAAGCUUAUGCUGCUGGGACUGCUGUCUAAAAAUGCUGCCACAUGCAUAUGCGUGUGGGAGUUGCAGAGGAUGACUCUUUUGUGGAAGGAGGUUGACAGAAUGCCAAAUGUGUGGUGCUUGGAGUUUUAUGGGAAGCACAUUAGGAUGACUUGCUUGGGCAACAAGGGGUUGCUUAUGCUUUCAUUGAGGUCAAAGAGGAUGAACCGACUGGUUACUUAUGAUGUGAAGAAGAGGGAGUGGCAAAAGGUGCCAGACUGCACACUUCCUCGUGGUAGGAGAAGGCAGUCGAUUGCAUGUGGUACAACAUUCCAUCCGUGUCCUGCUGCUUUUGCUUGAAAACACUCUCUUACCUGUUGGGAAAGGUAUAAUUCACUGACAUUU